AUGAAGUUUUUGGGUGUAAUACUGCUAGCAAGUUUUCUUUUGAUUGCUACCUUCCUCAUAGGGCUUAUCCCAUUGUAUUAUAUUGAUAAACAAAAAAGUUCCAUUGUCACAAACCAAGAAGGUGCUGACUCAAUUUCUGAUUUUACUACGAACGCAGAUACUCAAACGAUCAAUGACGAUGUUAGUAGUUACCGUGUGAAGAUUGCCGUUCUAUCACAAUUCGGUAUAGGAAUGUUGUUAGGUACAUCAUUUAUGUUGGUAAUACCGGAAGGUAUCAAAGCGUGUGUCGAACAUGAUGGAAACGUUGGUGUGAAUUUAUUAAUUGGGUUUCUAGGUGUUUAUGUUCUUGAUAGGUUGGUUACACUAUGGGUUUCUAGAAAGCAAACGGUCUAUACGCAUGAUGCUGUCAAAUUUCAAAGCUGGAAAGAUAUAAUAAACCAUCCAAGACAAAUAUGGAUGAACUUAAUACAAAACAAUGUUGUCUUUGCCUUAUUCAUUCAUGGACUAUCUGAUGGAAUUGCAUUAGGUACGACAACGAACAAUGAUUCACUGCUCAUAGUGGUGUUAAUUGCUAUAGUUAUUCAUAAAAUUCCUGCCGUUCUUUCCCUCACUAGUUUGAUGGUAUCGAGACAAAACUUAAUGAAAUGGGAGGUGAUCUGUAACGUUUUCUUGUUUGCGUCAUCGACUCCGAUCGGAUACAUAGUGUUAUCCCUUUUGAAUCUGAGUCAUUCGCCAACGAUGGAUUGGAUAAGUGGAAAUCUUCUGCUUAUGAGUGGUGGCAGUUUACUAUAUGCGUCUUUCACAGCAUUUGUUGGUGGAGAUUCUCAUGAUCACGAUCUCAGCGUUGAACAGGAAGUCGUUUUACCUCAUGAUGAAUCCGUUUAUGUUUUGAUAGGUGUCUGCAUACCGUUGGUGAUAUCGUACUGCAUCUCUGAAGAAUAA